GUCAGCAGUUCAAAUGCACCAGCCACUGCUUGGAAACCCUGUGGGGCAGUUCUGCUCUGUCCUGAGGGGUUGCUAUGAGUUGGAAUCGACUCAGCGGCAAUGGGGUUUUUUGUUUGUUUGGUUUUUGGUUAAUCCCUGUUUUUCACUGUAAUAUAUUUCUCUCAGCUUUACUGUUCUCAACUGUGAAAUGGGAAUAAAAGGGCCCAGUUUACAGGCUUAUUCCUGUAAUUCAUGCAUGAUGUGGUUUAUAGAAACAUCAGGGAUGAAGCCAAUCACUAUAAAAUUAUUCCUGCAUCUCCAUAGAAACAUUUCAUUUUAGGAUUGCUUUCUUAAACAAGGACUCUUAAAAAAUAUUGUGCAAUCAACAGCAUGUUAUAAAAGCAAAGCCGAAAGAACUAUAAACCUGUAAAAAUGAAACAUCUGUGUCCCACAACAUAGGCAUAAAUACACUGUACAGAUUGGUUAUUAAUAAGCCCACACACACAGUGAAGUACAAAAAAACAUAGGAUUACUUCCAUACUACCAUAAAUUUGAUCUUGCAUUACUGUACCGAACGUGUGUGUCAACUAAAUCCUCAACAGGGAAGAAGUUUGUCUUCUCACAUUUUAGAAGGUUCUGGGAGGGGCUGAGAUGAUUUGUUGGACCACAUCUACUAAGCCGGCUCUCUAGGAAGAUUUGAAUUGAGGUCUUCUUAAUCCCACAAUUAAUUUAUUUAAACAAAGAGUUUCACAUUUCCAUUGCCCAUAAAACUGCACCCAAAGGUAUUUCAGAAACGGCCCAUUUGGCAUUUUAAAAUCUGAAGGCUUCUCUGAAGAUCUGGGGAAUUGCUUUUUCUUGAAUCUCCUACCUGCUUCCACCCACAUUUUUCUUUUUUCCCCCAGCCUGCAACACUUGGGAUGGUCUUAAACCAGCAAAAGUUGCAUUACUUCCUUUAAUUUAGUUGUUGACGAGGUCGAUUUAGUCGUCCACGGGGAAGUAGGUACAUGGGUGUGGGCUAAUUGUGUGAUGUAACCUCUGGCUUCUCAGCAGCGCCUGAUGUUUUUACGUCUUUCCCUUCCCUGGACCUUGACAGGCUGAGAGUGAUACACAUGUAUAUGGGGACCUACGUAAACAUCUCUGAAACGUGUAUGAGAUAGCAGAUAGCUCAGAGCUGGAUGGAUGCCCCUUGAGCUGUCCACCACCCACCCUGGUAACCCUGGGCCUGGUGAAGGGGAGAGAGCCCCUCAGCUCCAGAGAAUUUCAUUACCGGAACCUGAGGCCCAGCAUUGGGUACACCCCUGGAACCUGGGGUGAGAAACUGGGUCUCAUCUGCCCUAUUUACAGUAGCAAGAGCUGGAACUACCCAAGCUUUCCACUCCUAGCUAUAAACCCAAAGGAAUUGUGAGACUCGAACAGAUACUUGUACAUCAGUGUUCACUGCAGCAGUAUUAUUAUACAGUAUAUAUGCUCCAAUUGUUAUUUGAUUAUUCACAAUAGCCAAAAGGUGAGACAGCCCCAGUGUCCAUCAACAGAUGAAUGGAUACAUAUAAUGUGGUCUAACUAUAUAAUGAAAUGUUAUUCAGCCAUAGAGUUACAUACUACCCUAGGGAGGAACCUUAAAAAUGUGAUGCUGAAUGAAAUAAGCCAGACACACAGGGACAGAUACUGUAGCGAUAGCUCAUUUAUAUGAUAAGUGGCGCGAUAGUUAAGCUCUGACUACUAACCGAAAGGUUGACAGUCCAAACCCACCAAGAGGCACCUCAGAAGUAAGGCCUGGCAAUCUGCUUCUGAGAGGUCACCGCCUUAAAAACCCUAUGGAACAGUUCUACUCUGCACACAUGGAGUCACCACGAGUCAGAAUCAGCUUGAUGGCAACUAACAACAACAGCAAAGAAGAAAUAUCUAGAAUAGGCAAGCGUAUAGAGACAAAAGCUUGUUAAUGGUUACCAGGGCCUGGGGGCAGGGGUUGGAAUGAGGAGUCAUUGCAGGAGCACUGAGUUUCUGUUUAAAAGCCAAAAAAACUUACAAACAAACAAACCCGUUGCCAUCCAGUUGAUUCUGACUCACAGGGACCCUAUAGGCCAGAGGAGAACUACCCGAUAGGGUUUCCGAGGCUGUAACUGAGUUUCUGUUUAGAGAGAUGAAUGAAUAGUGGUGAUGGUUGCACCACAUGGUGAAUAGAAUUAAUGUCUCUGAGUUGUACACUUAACAAUGGUUUAAAGGGCAAAGCUUGUUAAAUAUUUUUUACCACAAUUAAAAAAAAUUAAGCUAAAAAAAGAAACAGCUGGAACACCCUGUACAGGGCCACUGGUUACCACAGUGCCAAGCAGGUGUCCUGCCCAGCAUUCCCGUGCUGACAUUUACAUGUCAAUAAAUUUUAUCUGCGUUCAUUCCUUAAAGGACUCCACAAGGUAACCUUCAGUUGUCUCAGCUACAAUGAGCCUAUCAUUAAAAAUAAAAAGCCAAACAGUUAAGAUGGAGGUGAUUCCCAGUACUCUGGGUUGUGGCUCUAACUGUAUAUGCGUCAUCCAAGCCCUGCAGCUAACAGAAAGCAUGGAUGACCAGGACACAUGUGGAAAUUCUCAAUCCCUUUGGCCUCUGAGAGGUCUGAUCCAUAACUGACUUUCCAUCUAAGCUGCCUGCAGCAGCCCCAAUACAAUCUGAAUGCCUCUCCCUCCCAGCACAGCUCUGCCCACUGUGCCUUUUCUGUUUCACAAAAAGCUUCUAAAAUUACCCGAGAGAUCUUCAGAGUCAGACAGGCCUCCACGAGGCCUCCGACAUGUCCGUCAGAUUUUUCUCUUGCUCUCUCAAUUUGAUUAAUCGCCCAAAAAAUGAAACAAAGUGAAGGUGACAGCUGAACAUGCAGCUCCUUCUCUCUGCAGAUCAUUUCCUUCCGUAACUACAGAAGCCCCCGAAACUAGCGCCAGGGGGUUCUCCGUCCCAGUCGUGAUUACAUCUGUCCUUCUGUCACCCCCCCCACCUCAGAGCACAGAGCGGGGCAGAGUGCUCGAGCUAAUGAACCAGGCUGUCAGGCACUCAGGAUCGUAGGCCAGAAUGUGAGUGGAUUUACACUCCGCGUGGUUCUGAGUACUACAUGAGUACAGCUCCAGUGUCAAUGUUCAGAAAAUGUCUUCCCAUCGGUGAAGGGCCCCCAUCUCAGAGACUACCACACACCAAACUGCCAUUUUGUCUUCCCUGCCUUUCUUCUCCUGCCAGUAUGUAAAUUGUGCUUUGAAGGCUAGAAUUUACCUUGGCUGCUAAUUCAUAAAACCCUACAAGCCUUAUUGUGAACAGGAAGGCAGAUACACAAGUGUUUGAUUAUUGUUAUUCUGUAUAUCAUAUACAUACUGCAUGAACUUAAAGAGGACGAACAUUGGAAUGACAGCCAUUCUAUACCCAACACUCAGCCACAUCUCACAAGCGAUGCUCAUCCAUGUUUGCUGACUGUAGUUAGACCCCAAGAGAGCAAAAAUAAUUCUCUUUCCCAUUUUUACCCACUCUUAGCAAGUAAAGUACAAUGCGUGCCCCAAACCUCCAUUUCCCCAGUGAGAAGAUUACCCUGUCAAGGUUUUUGAGGUAAGGUGGAGGAUAGAAUUCCACUGGAUACUGAAAUUAUCUGCAAAGGUAGAUUUACAUUUUUGCAAUCACUCAUAUUAAAUGUUGCUUUUUUUCCCUCUCAUUCACUAAACAGUUGCAUUCAAACACUUCACAUGAACCUUCAAGGGUAGUAAUACCUUUAUCAUCACAGGAAGCUCCUCUUUGAUUUACCUAGAAGUUUUCCAGAGCACAUUAUCAGCCCUUUGUUUUAAGUUGUUGGAAACACAGCCCUUUUUUAAAUCUCUCUAAUGAUGCUUUCUCUGGAAAUGAGAGCACCCAAGCACCCAUUUACAUAAUAUUCAGAUAGGUGGGGUUUUUCAUUCUUCAUGCAGUUGAAUGUUUAUGGUCUCCACAGUGUAACUCACUAUAUCCAACAUGCACGGAGAGAUUAUGCUCCUAGGAGCAACUCCUGCACUGUACAUUUGUAUGGCUUCCCUUCCCCGUCAUUCAGUCCAACAUCCAUGGUCAGAUGGGGCUACUCGUGGAGAAAGUGUCCCUCAUGAAGAACUUCAUUCGUCACUGGAAAGGCACCAGUAGAACUGUGAAAAACUCAAAUAUUAGGCAAUUCCCUCUUUUCUAAAGAAUGGCUUUUGGGAAAGAAACUUGCCUUGUAUUCAGGCCUAUGUAAUGUUUCGUAAAUUGCCACUUCCAAUUUUGAGAAAUUAUUCAUUUUAUUUACCUUUCAAGGAUAACUCUGGGUCUGGUAGGUGAGUUCAUACUCAUGUCUUCUUUGCAAAGAAUACAAAAAUAAAACCAAACUAGUUGCCAUCGAGUCGACUCUGCCUCAUGGCGGCCCCGUGUGUGUCAGAGUAGAACUGUGCUCCAUAGGGUUUUCAAUGACUGAUUUUUGAGAAGUAGAUCGCCAGACCUUUCUUCUGAGGCACCUCUGGGUGUGUUCAAACCGCCAGCCUUUCAAUUGGCAGCUGAGCACGUUUACUAUUAACCACUUGCUCCACCCAGAGACUUUUACAAAGAAAACAUCAUGGAAAACUACAUUUAAAUUGUCUCUCAGGACCAUGGUCUCCUGAGACAAAGUCUUAGGUGAUAGUGUGAGGGGCCCUCAGGUGGAGGAGUCCUCCCUGGGAAGGCAUGGUCCAGAGAUACUGAUGUGUAAGCUAUUUGUUUGGAAUGGGCCUGGCUAAAUUCCUCAACUGGGCCUUUUUUGGGGAAAAAAAAUUAUGGAUUUGCUGCUAAGGCUUGGGUUGGAAAAUAAAAAUGAGAACACAUUCUUUUUUUUUAAUCCAACUUUAUCUUCUCUACAAAUUCUGCAGAUUUUUUGGAUACUUGUCUGAUAGGAAGUCCACAGUCUGAUUUUUGUUGUUUCUGUGCUCACACGGGCUCUUUAAAGCAGUUAGCACCCAUAUCUGCUUAUUUUCUUUUAUUUUUAGAGGAAGGGUAAGGGCUUGUCUGGAGUCUCAGUUAAUCUCAUCACAUUACACCUGGAUAGGAGGUGUGAGUCCCUCUUUAAUAUGUAUUUAUGUGUAAAUCAUCUGAGAUUUCUUGAGAUGGGUUGACAUUUUUUAUAGAUGAGGAAAACAAACUGAAGUGUGUUUUUUACUGAGCAGAAUUUAGGUUCUGGGAGCAAUUCUACUUUCUAGUUCUUUACAUGGAAUUGAAAGACAUGGCAUUUAUUAACAAUCUGGCUUUCAUGUGUCUCCUGAGCUUUGGGGGUUUAGUUUUUUCUUCUCUAAAGUGAGCAUAGCAGUACCUCACAAGAUUGCUGUUCUGACUGAAAAACAAUGUGGAAAACUCUAAAAGUGCUUGUUUUAAAACUAACAGUUCUUUUUUUCUUUUAGCUUCUGAAGAACGUAUUCGUUCACAAUGGGAAACCACAUGGGAAAGCGAGAGUUAAACGCUGAGAAGGCCAGUAAGGAUGGUAAUACCAAUAGAGGAGAAUCAGAAAAAAAGAGGAACCUUCAAGCACUUUCCCAGGAGACCUCAGAAGACAAUGACGUGUUUGGAGAGGCAGAUGUGAAGCAGUACAAUGGGACCCCCUCUAAGGACACAGCGGUGACAGACCCCAGUCGCACAGCGGACCCAAAGAAUGCGUGGCAGGAGGCCAGCCCAGCUGACCCAGUGAGCCGCCCCCACUUGAUCCGCCUCUUUUCCCGAGAUGCCCCAGGCAGGGAGGACAACACCUUCAAAGACAGGCCCUCAGAGUCAGACGAGCUUCAGACCAUCCAGGAAGACAGCGCAGCAGCCGAGGGCUUGGAUGUGAUGGCGUCACAAAAGCGAUCCUCCCAGAGGCACGGAUCAAAGUACCUGGCCACAGCAAGUACCAUGGACCAUGCAAGGCAUGGCUUCCUCCCAAGGCACAGGGACACGGGCAUCCUUGACUCGCUGGGGCGGUUCUUUGCCGGUGACAGGGCUGCGCCCAAGAGAGGCUCCGGAAAGGUACCCUGGCUAAAGCAGAGCGGGAGCUCUCUGCCCUCCUCUCCCCGCAGCCCACCCGGGCUGUGCAGCUUGUACAAGGAUGCACACCACGCGGCCAGGGCCACCCACUACGGCUCCCUGCCCCAGAAGUCCCAGCACGGCCGGCCCCAAGAUGAAAACCCUGUAGUCCACUUUUUCAAGAACAUUGUAAGUAUCCUCUUCCGAAUGGGUCGCAGGGAAAAGCCCAGCUCCUGGAUCCACCUUGGCAGUCCCAACACCCUCAGGGCACUGAGCCUGGGCCAGGGAGCAGACUCCCAGGCACCACUGGGAGCUGAAGGGCAGAAGCCAGGAUUUGGCUACGGAGGCCGAGCGUCCACUUCAGCUCACAAGGGACUCAAGGGUGCCCAUGACGCCCAGGGCGCACUGUCCAGAAUCUUUAAGCUGGGAGGAAGAGAUAGUCGUUCUGGAUCACCCAUGGCGAGACGCUGAAGCCUCAUGUGGCUAUUACAGAACCCUGUGCUCUGCUUCUUAAUACAACUGCCUUAAAACCUUAAUACGUUUGCAUAGGUUACCUAGUUAUAGCAGAUGUCCUCUCCCUUAACGCCCAUUGAGUUGUGCGCGCAAUAGGGCCCAUCAAGCCCCAUCCUACAGGAGAAACGGACACAAAACAUGGCUAAAACUGCUCCUUUACGUUUGAAGAUAAAGAAACCGACUCCUUACAACACAGCCCACUGCGACGUGCCCAGAUGGCUGGGGGCCCAGCGCCGGCCCCACCCCUCCACCCUUGGACUUUGUGUUCAUGCCAGCUGUGGCCUUGAGCCUGUGCCCUGGGCACUGCCAAUCAAAGACACUGCCGCAGAG